AGGCACUAAUCAGAUUAACGAAGCUCGAAACACUCCACAAACAAAAUCCUUCGGACAUGCUGCUCACACAGCUUACCUCCACGCGAGAGCUCAUCAAACACUCUCCACAGCAGAUGUAGCACGAAACCUUUAUGAGAAGAGUAAUAAAGCGGACUCCCUCCUAGCAAAUUGCCUCAAAAAACAACAGGACAAUAAAAAAUUCUCCAAAAUCAGAAACCGAAAUGGAGAGAUCAUGAACAGCCCAGACAAAAUAGCUCAAGAAUUCCUACAAUAUUACACAAACCUAUACAACCACACUGAAUCACCACUAUCCACAGGGGACAAAGCCCAAUAG